AUGGCCACCAACAAUCCUGGCUCAGCCAACCCUGAGUCCUCGGAGCAGGCUCGGUCCCCCAAUGCGACCGAGACGCAGGACACAACUGCUGUCGCAUCUUCUGGCCCAACCCCGUCCGCUGCAGCUUCCAUUGCUCCGACUGGCGAGGCCGCAGAGACCCCCAAGAAACGUCUGUUGUCGAUCCCGAUCCCUUCGCGACGAUCCUCCAAAAACAACAAGCAGAACCCCUCGGAGAAGACCGAAGAAGCGCAAGAUGAGGCUCAGCCUACUCGCAGAAGUUCGAAAGUGAGCAUUCUGCGUGCAAAGAGAGAUCCAAGUCGGGCUAGUAGUCGUCGGUCGCGCCGGACUCAGGACGUGGCGAACGGCGAGGAGAGCAAAGCGGCCGCUACGCCCGAAAGCACUUCGAAGCCCCAGCCCAAGAAGGGCCCAUCCAAGCUUUUGGCUUUCCUGGGCUGCUGCUCUUCAGCGGAUGUUGAUACCGACGACACCAUCGUGCCCCCCAAGAAAACGAACAGGCAGCAACCGGCCUCGAACCGACUUCCCACCCCCGACAAGGCGGACGCUCACACCGGUGACUCUAGCACUGCGGAAUCGAGGGAGCCAUAUUUCGACGAGAAGGCGCACUCGACCGUCAGUGCGGAUCAGCCUGGCGAAGAAGAGCGCAACGUCAAUGCGACCGCGACUGGGGCACAGAGCGAGGGUCCUUCUGCAGCCGUCCAAUCUGAAGCUUCUGGUCAAAACAAGAAACCCGAAGUGUCUGCGCCUGUGGAGACUGCAGAUGCAAAUGGGUCAGUAGAUGAAAGUAAGCCAGAGGAAUCCACUCAGGCUUUGGAAGCGCAAACAAAGUCCGUUGAGGAGCCUGCUCCUUCAACCGCCCCCAAGAAAUCUCUCGACGAGGAUCAAUCAGAGACUGUCAACCAAGCGGACAUUGUGACACAAGCCCCGAUGGUGCUGCCUCCUCCCCCGCCAGUUCCUGCUCCUCCUGCUCGGGCUGUAUCAGAGGAUGGGAUGCGUCCGUUACUUCCUGCACCUCUACCUCAUCUCAGCGGCCGAAAGUGUCUUGUUCUCGAUCUAGAUGAAACGCUUGUUCACAGUAGCUUCAAGGUUCUCGAGCGUGCCGACUUCACCAUUCCCGUAGAGAUUGAAGGACAAUACCACAACAUCUAUGUCAUCAAGCGGCCAGGCGUGGAUCAAUUCAUGAAGCGUGUUGGUGAGCUGUACGAAGUAGUGGUCUUCACGGCCUCUGUAUCAAAGUAUGGUGAUCCUUUGCUAGACCAACUGGAUAUUCACAACGUGGUUCACCACCGCCUCUUCCGAGAGAGUUGCUACAACCACCAGGGAAACUACGUCAAGGACCUUUCACAAGUCGGUCGUGACUUGAAGGAGACGAUCAUCAUCGAUAACUCCCCCACGUCUUACAUCUUCCACCCUGAGCAUGCGAUUCCCAUCAGUAGCUGGUUCUCUGACGCUCACGACAACGAGUUGCUUGACCUCAUCCCGGUUCUCGAGGAUCUUGCUGGGGUGCAAGUCCAAGAUGUCAGCAUGGUCCUGGACUGUACCUUGUAA